AUGGGGGCUAAAAUAGACUCGAAAGUGAUGCACAAAGCUGGACCUUUCACUUUCCGAAUACAUGGGCAAAAUUCUCACAAAAUAGGAUCCUUGGUUCCUCCAUCAGGAAAGCCUCCCAAGUUCAGCCAGCUUUACAUUUUUGAUACCGCUAAUGAGGUGAAGAAUAGAAUCUCAGCCGUGAAGAGGACAACCAAAGCUGGGGAACUAGAUGGUAAUAUUGUUAAAACCCUGAUUGAAACUGUUGACGCCCACAACUGUCUCGCCAAGAUAUUCAGAAAAGCUCGGGAUCUUCAUGAACAAACUGAAUGUCCAGAGCUUAGAAUAAGAUUGAUAGCUCAGCCAAGACGUGGUCGUCAGUAUGAUAUGCCUACGACAGAUGAGAUUGCGGGUUUAAUUGUUGGAGAUCUUUCAGAGGAUAUGGGUGAUAGGGAUAUCAUUGUGCAACAUAAAUCAGCAGGGUUACAACAAAUCAGUGAUAUGCAUCCUCUCUAUAUGACUUUGCAAUACCCUCUACUAUUCCCUUAUGGCCAAUCAGGAUUCAACGAGAACAUUCCAGUAAUCAACGUUGAUGGAAUCACUCGACAGAGGGCUUAUGUGACAAAGAGGGAAUACUUUGCUUACCAAAUUCAAACUAGAUUGAAUGAAGGUAUGAUUAUUGUGAGUUCUAAGCGCUUGCUCCACCAAUAUAUAGUUGACGCAUACACCUCCAUCGAGCAGGAGAGGUUGCGCUGGUUCAGACUGAAUAAAAAAAAAAUCAGAGCAGACCUCUACAACAAUGUGAAAGAUGCAGUCAUGAAAGGUGACACAGAUGCAAAGUCUAUAGGAAAGAGAGUUAUAUUACCUGCUUCUUAUACAGGAAGUCCAAGAUACAUGGCAGAAAAGUAUCAUGAUGCAAUGGCUAUAUGCCGAUGGUAUGGAAACCCUGAUUUAUUUAUCACAAUGACAACAAAUCCAAAGUGGGUUGAACUCUCAAACCAUCUACAGCUGUAUGGGACCGAUGAUCCAAACGAUCGUCCUGACCUUGAAUGCAGAGUCUUCAAAAUGAAGCUAGACGAGCUCAUGUCAGAUUUCAAGAAAGGUCUAUUCUUUCCUCGCCCAAUAGCAGUGGUCUACACCAUAGAAUUUCAAAAAAGAGGCCUCCCGCAUGCUCACAUAUUACUAUGGCUAGAAGGUGAUUUCAAGAAUCCAACAAGUAGUGAUAUAGAUAAAAUCAUCUCUGCGGAAUUACCAGAUAAAGAAACAGAUCCUGAGGCUUACAGUUUGGUUGAGCAGCACAUGAUGCAUGGUCCAUGUGGCAAAGACAGACCAUCUUCUCCUUGUAUGGAUAAUGGUGUAUGUACCAAGAAAUUUCCUCGCAGCUUCGUUCCUCAUACUCAGAUUAAUGAGUCUGGCUACGUUCUGUACCGGCGGAGACAGUCUGAUAGAAAUGUGAAAAAAGGAAGCAUUACUCUCAACAAUUCUUUUGUUGUCCCUCAUAAUUUACAGAUUCUAAAGAAGUACAAGGCUCAUGUCAAUGUUGAAUGGUGCAACAAGUCAAGUGCGAUUAAAUACCUUUUCAAAUACAUAACAAAAGGUGUGGACAGAGCAGCGUUUGUUAUCCAUAAUGAUGGAGCGAAGAAUCCUAAGGAUCACAAAAGCACCUCAGAAAAACCAACGAACGAAAUAAACAAUUACUUGGAAGGUCGGUACCUGUCUGCUUGUGAAUCUAUGUGGAGAAUUUUUAUGUUUGAUGUCCAUCAUAACACCCCAGCAGUUCAAAAGUUUCCUGUUCAUUUACCUGGUGAACAAACAGCAGUUUUUGACGAGAACGAGGACCUAGAAAACGUUGCAGUACGUUAUACACAUGGAAGAACAAUGCUUACUGAAUGGUUUGAGAUGAACAGGCUGUACGAAGAAGCCAGACAGUUGAAUUAUAUUCAGAUGCUUACGAUGUUUGUGUGGGACAACUCGAACAAGGUUUACUCCAAACGCAAGCAAAAAGGUACCAUUGGAAGGCUUGUAAACAUCCAUCCUAAUGCUGGAGAUAGAUAUUACCUAAGGAUCUUAGUCAGCCUCGUGAAAGGGCCAACAUGCUAUGAUGAUCUAUACACAGUGGGUGACACUAAACAUGAUACAUUCCAAGCCGCUUGCUUAGCUAGAGGUUUGCUCGAUGGAGACAAAGAAUGGCAGGACGCAAUGAUUGAAGCUUCACAGUUCUCUUCGCCUAGAUGCCUUCGACGCCUGUUUGUAUUAAUCCUCAUAUUCUGCCAAGUUUCAGACCGUCAAAAACUUUGGAACAACACUUGGCAGUGUAUGUCAGAAGACGUUUUGCCCCACCAGCGACGGUUACUACAAUUCCCUGACCUUGAACUCACCCCCCAUGAACUCCAGCAGUACACGCUCAUUGAGAUCGAGGGCCUCCUACAAAACCAUGAGACAUCGCUUACUGAGUUCACUGGAAUGCCACUGCCGUGCAAAGCAAUAUUAGAAGAUAUGAAAAACAAAAAGAUGGCUCGCCAGUACCAGUUUGACACCGCAGAAGAAAGUAGGAUCCAUAAAGAGUUGUUUGCUAAACUCAACAAAGAACAAAGGGUUAUAUACGACGAUGUAAUGACAUCAGUAUUGGAAAACGAGGGAAAAUUAUUUUUUAUUUACGGCGCAGGCGGAACAGGGAAAACAUUUUUAUACAAAACAAUAAUCUCCGCUCUGCGAUCUUCAAAUAAAAAAGUUAUACCUGUAGCCUCCUCUGCAAUUGCUGCUCUGCUUCUUCCCGGAGGUCGUACAGCCCAUUCAAGGUUUAAAAUCCCUCUCAAGCUCCAUGAAGAUACUUUCUGCGAAGUUAAAAAAGGAACCACCCUCGCCAACUUCCUGAGCCAAGCGGACCUUAUUAUCUGGGAUGAGGUGCCUAUGGCACAUCGCCAUGCCGUUGAAGCUGUAGAUCGCACACUCAGAGAUAUUUUAUCAUUAUCUGAUGAAACAGCGUUACACAAACCUUUUGGUGGUAAAACGGUCCUGUUAGGUGGGGACUUUAGGCAGAUCCUUCCAGUGAUACCACAAGGAACACGCCAAGACACCGUGAAUGCAGCUGUCAAUCAGUCACACCUCUGGAACCACUGCCAAAUUUAUGUCCUCUCCAUCAAUAUGCGAGUCCAAACCGAGGCAAAAGAUUUUGCGAAAUGGAUCUUACAAGUUGGUGAUGGCAUGGCACCACUCACGCCUCAGAAAGAAAUGUACACAGAAUCUGUUGAAGAUCAGAUUCUGAUACACGAUUCUCUCCUUCUCCCAGUAACUUCUAACCCCCUUGAUAGCCUUUGUAAGUCUGUUUUUACAAAUUUCAAUGAUGAUUACAAUGACUUGGAAAAAAUCAAGGAUGCGGCUAUAUUAACUCCAAGGAAUGCUACAGUUGAUGAGAUCAACACUUACUUGCUUUCCAAGAUACCGGGUUGUGAGCACGAAUACUUAAGCUCUGACAGCUUCGCUGAGGAUGAAAAACAUUCAGGAGAGUUUGAUUUAUCCUAUCCAUUAGAAUAUCUCAAUGCAUUAGAAUUUCCAGGUUUGCCUGCGCAUAGAAUUUGUCUGAAAGUUGGGGUCCCAAUCAUGCUCCUUCGCAACAUAAACCAAGCUGAGGGAUUAUGCAAUGGUACAAGACUUAUAAUCACGCACCUGGGAGAAAGAGUUAUAAAGGCAGAAGUGUUAUCCUCUUCCACAACAAAGCAGCCUGUCCUCAUACCUAGAAUCGUCCUCUCACCAACAGAGUCCAAUCAUCCCUUCACUCUCAAAAGACGCCAGUUUCCAGUUAGAGUCUCCUACGCAAUGACAAUCAAUAAAAGUCAAGGUCAAACAUUGGAUAAGGUUGCUCUGUACUUGCCCAAACCAGUUUUCACCCACGGUCAAUUAUAUGUGGCACUAUCAAGAGUGACCACACCAAAAGGACUAAAGGUUUUGAGCCUAACAAAACCAAGUGGCUUGACGAACAGCAUUGCUAAUAUCGUCUACAGAGAAGCUUUCAAUGGAUUGCCCCAAACAACAGGUUUUGAAGAAGACGGGGAGUGA